AUGAGGAAUCUUCUGAAUCAUGUUUUUGUUUUCUAUUUCCUUGCAUCUGGUCUGCUGUCCCCCUACUCUCACCCCUCUAGCCCUGUCCCACACUGCUGUCUCCUGUCCUACACUGUACCGUAUCCCACACUGCUGUACCCCUCCAUUCUCCCCCUCUCUCUCCCCUUUCCCCCUGUUGACCCCUUCAAUGUUGUGGACGUGCUGAAGGUGCUGGAGCUAUCUGAAGACAUGGAGGGGGUGUCAUUGGAGGCCGGUUUUUGCACCAGUCGCUCAGGCCAAGACGUAACCGACCUGUCCUAUAAGAUCCACAGGAAGAUACAGCUCAGCGCUCCCACGAAGCAGCUCUUCCCAGAUUCCAUGUUCCCAGUAGACUUCUCUGUGAUGACCACAGUUCGACCGGUCAAGGGAUCUCAGGUGUUCCUUUUCUCCCUCUAUGAUCCUCAGGGCACACAGCAGCUGGGGGUGGAGCUGGCUCGCUCUCCUGUCUUUCUGUACGAGGACCAUGAGGGCCAGCCCACCCCAGAUUUGUACCCCACCUUCAGGAGAGUCACCCUGGCUGAUGGAAAGUGGCACCGGGUGGCCUACAGCGUGGAAGGUCCUUCCGUCACUUUGUUUCUGGACUGUGUCAAAGUGGAGACUCUGGAUCUGCUGCGAGGUCACCACCCCCACGUCAGCACUGAAGGGGUCAGCGUGUUUGGGACACGUCUGUUGGACGAAGCUGUUUUUGAGGGAGAGAUCCAGCAGCUGCUCAUGGUGGAUGACCCCCGAGCGGCUGGGAACUACUGUCAGGAGUAUAUCCCAGACUGUGACAGAUCACUGACCUACAACUCCAUCCUGGUGGAGCCAGAAGAGGUGAGGUUUGAAUUCUUUGGAGCCUCUGUCCGGGGGUGUGUGGAGGCAGAGCUGGAGCGAGUUCCAAAAAAACGUGUGGUGGAGGAAUUUGAAGACUUUGACUACAGUGAACUCUAUGAUGACCUUGCAGUAUCCACAGUGACUGUAGGACCCAAUAUCACAGAGUAUGAGAUUGUAGAGUAUGAAGACUAUGACAACUCUACAGGCUACUACCAGGAACAUGAGUAUGAGUACGAGGAAGAGGGCCGCCACGGGCCUGCGGAAAGGGAACAGGCUUAUACCCUGGGCCUGGAGGGGACACAGAUUGUGGGAGCUGCUGGACCCCAAGGCCCUCAGGGAGAAUCUGGUCCUUCCGGAGUGACAGGGCCUGUGGGCCCUCGCGGAGACCCUGGUGAACUGGGCCCUCCUGGCCGGCCUGGUCUGAGUGGAGCUGAUGGGAUCCCUGGUCCUCCAGGAAACAUCAUGCUCAUACCGUUCCAGUCUGGAGGAGACCCAAGGACAGGAGCCGUGGUGUCAGCUCAGGAGGCCCAGGCCCAGGCCAUUCUGCAGCAGACCAAGCUUUCCAUGAAGGGACCUCCAGGUCCAUUGGGAUUGAGGGGACGCCCGGGGCCUCUGGGAGGGCCAGGCCCCGCGGGGCUGAAGGGGAGCAAUGGAGAGAUGGGUCCUGUUGGGCCUCCAGGACUUCCAGGAGCUCCAGGUCAAAACGGACGAGCAGGAAAGAGGGGUCGCGCCGGAUCGGAUGGUGGGCGAGGAGCCAUAGGAGAGUCAGGAACAAAGGGGGACAGAGGCUUUGAUGGACUGCCAGGUCUCCCUGGAAACAAAGGUCACAAGGGGGAGCGGGGUAAACCUGGGCCGCUGGGCCCCCCUGGACUCACAGGGGAAAAGGGCUCAGAAGGACCACCAGGUCCAAGAGGAGCUCCAGGUGAUGCUGGCUUGAGAGGCCUCAAUGGACCCAGGGGCCGACCGGGGCCCCCAGGACAGCCUGGUGUUGGAGGAAUAGAUGGGGUCCAAGGUUCAAAGGGAAACAUAGGAGCCCCAGGAGAUGUAGGAGCGCCCGGACAGCAAGGCAACAUUGGCAUCCUGGGCUUUCCUGGUCCUCAGGGACUGGUAGGACAUCCAGGAGAAAAGGGCCCUCAAGGGAAGAAAGGCAUGCCAGGGUUACCAGGAAAUGAUGGUCCCCCAGGUCAUCCGGGAAGGGAAGGAGCCGCUGGAGAGAAGGGUCUGCCUGGUACAGCGGGAGUCCAAGGGCCGGUGGGAUACCCUGGUCAGCGUGGAGUUAAGGGAGCAGAUGGACUGCGAGGACUAAAAGGCAGCAAAGGGGAGAAGGGAGAAGAUGGUUUUCCUGGGGCCAAAGGGGAAAUGGGUGGAAAGGGUGAUGUUGGAGAUAAUGGACUUCUGGGCGCUCGAGGAGAGGACGGACCAGAGGGACCCAAAGGCCAGAUGGGCCCCCAAGGAGAGUCUGGUGCAGCAGGAACCGCUGGAGAGAAGGGAAAACUGGGGGUCCCAGGGUUGCCAGGUUAUCCAGGGCGCCAAGGACCAAAGGGAUCUGAUGGAUUUCCUGGACUGAUUGGAGCAGCAGGAGAAAAGGGCAAAAAAGGUCCCGGAGGUCAGCAAGGCAGCGGAGGGCAACGCGGGCCAAACGGUUCCAGAGGUGGCCGAGGUGCACGAGGACCCACUGGAAAGUCUGGGGACAAGGGUACAUCUGGGAAUGACGGGCCUCCUGGAUCUCCCGGUGAACGGGGACCUCAAGGACCACAAGGCAGAAAUGGAGAGUCGGGACCAAAAGGAUUACUUGGUCCAGCCGGGAAAGACGGCCUUCCGGGACACCCAGGGCAAAGAGGAGAGGCGGGAUUCCAAGGCAAGACCGGGCCCCCAGGGCCAUCUGGUGUGGUAGGGCCACAGGGCAAGUCUGGAGAACCUGGACCUCCUGGGGAUCGGGGUCAUCCAGGAGCACCUGGUGUACCUGGAGAGCAUGGACUCCCCGGUGUGGCUGGAAAGGAGGGUGGAAAGGGUGACCCAGGGCUUCCAGGCACCUCUGGGAAAAACGGACCCACAGGACUGAAAGGAUUCAGAGGAAGCAGAGGUGCCCCAGGAGUCAUGGGUCCUCCAGGACUGAAAGGAGGCUCAGGACCAAAUGGACUGCCAGGAUCUAAUGGAGCUUCAGGAGAAAGAGGCCCCCCUGGUCCAGCUGGAGCUAUAGGUCAGCCAGGACGUGCCGGGGCCAUCGGGGGACCAGGACCAAUGGGAGAGAAAGGAGAACCGGGCACAAGUGGUCCAAUUGGACCUGCAGGUCAGGAUGGAGAAGAGGGUCCUGUGGGAAUGCCAGGGGCAACAGGCCCCACAGGGCCACCAGGGGAUGAUGGAGACAAGGGAGAGCAGGGUGGACCUGGACAGAAAGGCAGCAAAGGAGACAAAGGAGAAGCUGGACCUCCAGGUCCUGGAGGGCCUCAGGGACCUGUGGGGCAGUCUGGACUUCCUGGUUUGGAUGGACUUCUGGGUCCAAGAGGGCAGCAGGGCAUGUACGGGCCAAAGGGAGAUGAGGGUCUGCGAGGUUUCAAAGGCUCCCGAGGACCCACGGGUUUACAGGGGAUGCCAGGGACGCCUGGAGAGAAGGGCGAGAGCGGACAUGUCGGACUCAUGGGUCUUCCUGGUCAACAAGGCCCUGUUGGCUCUCAAGGACCAGUAGGGGGGCAGGGCCCGCCAGGCCGUGCAGGCAUGAUUGGGCAGUCAGGCAUUGUCGGAGAAAAGGGGGAGGACGGAGAGGCUGGGGACCCUGGGCCUGUUGGCUUAGCUGGAAGAAUUGGGAUCAUGGAGAGAAGGGUGACACAGGGGCCCCUGGAGCUGCUGGUCCUCCAGGUGCCAGGGGCCCUACAGGAGAAGACGGAGCAAAGGGCAAUGCUGUGA